UACUUUCCCCACUCCAUUCUUCUUUUUACUCCUCGCCCGCCGCCGUCGCCGACGAGCCUCCUCCUCCGUCUCGGGGCGCCGUCGAUCAUCCCCGCGCCCCUGGACCGGCCCUCCACUCAGCUCAAGAGAGUACUGACUGCCACCGCGCUUCUGUACCAAGUGCCUCGCGAGGAACCGUGUGAGUCUGCUCAAACAAUUGCAAACCUUGUAAGCUGGUAAAACUUCUGUGGACCGGCAGGUCUGGUGUUGGCGAGAACCUUUUGUGAUCAGAUAAUUUGAACAAGCUGAAGAGAAUCCUGCCGUCAUAGUUCUAUAGUAAGUGCUGGCGAGGAGCCACGUGGCUGGCUGAAACGGGUGCGUGCACUCAGAAGGUGGCAAACGUUUAGGAACGUGUGGAAGGAACUUUCUGAGACCAGAGAAUUAUAAACAAAGCAUAUUAAGGUAGCUGCUGAAGAUAUUCUGCUCCUGCUACUACAAAUUGUUUUGGUGGUCUGGUGGUCUUGAUUGAGUUGUCUGUUAGAUUCAGUUCAUGGUGGCUGGAUGAGAAGCUGAAAUGCUACUGGCUGUGGAGGGAGGAGGUUUUUUCUCAUCAUCCGCAUCAGGAUACAGCCAUGGCCUUGCGCUUUUGUUGCUCGGUCGGAGAACUGAAGAGCAGCCUGUGAGGGCAUCGUCUUGGAAUCACUAUCGACUAGUCGACCGGGAAGCUGGGCAUGCGGGACAGCUGCCUCCAACAAAAGAUGAAGUUCCUGGUAAAUGUGCUUCCUUCACCUGCUUUGGCUGCACACCUGCUAGGCUUGAGGGCGCAUCUCCUCCGAAAUUGAGCUCAAGUAACACGCGGCAGCAAUUAUCCAGUUCCACAAGCAGGAAAGGAACAGCCAAUGGUUCCUCCAUCAACGGAAGCGGGAAAAAAGGCUGUCUUAAGAGUAACUCGAAAAGGGACUCGUCUGACCGCGGUUCUAUUGUAAGUGACGGCGAGGAACAACCACGCGAGUCUCUCGAGGAGGUGCAAACCUUGAAAACUGGUAUGGAACGGAGGAAAGUUCACUGGACUGACACGUGUGGGAAAGAACUUUUUGAGAUCAGAGAAUUUGAAACAAGCGACGAAGGUUUGUCGGACGAUGAGGGGGAGAAUGAUGGCUUCAAGAAAUGCGAGUGCGUAAUCCAGUAGAUUUGUUCCUGCACAGUAUCCAGUCACAUUUUUGUCAUAGUUGACGCCACCUGUACUUUUUAUCUUUAAUCUCCACCCCCCUCUCUCCCCUGUGUGAUGUGUGUGUGUGUACCAUAUGUAGCUACCCAAUUUUUGUUCUCUCCCAAUGGCUAUGUUGGUCUUUUUCUUAAUCAUCACUGUAACUUUUUGUUUUGUUGCUGAUAUAUAUUUGUUAUAUAUACACUGUGGUUGGAA